GAAGAACUCUUCUUUUAGAUUUAACUAUAGUUCAUAAAGAUUAAAGAUGCCUUCUCAAAAAUCUUUUAAAACCAAGCAAAAGUUAGCUAAAGCUCAAAAGCAAAACAGACCAUUACCACAAUGGAUCAGAUUAAGAACUGAUAACACUAUCAGAUACAAUGCUAAGAGAAGACACUGGAGAAGAACUAAGUUAGGUAUCUAAGUUAUUCAAUAUUAUUGCAACAAUAUAUUAAAACGAUUACGAUUAAUAACAAUAAAAUCAUCAACUUUGAAUUAUAAUAAUUUAUAUUUGGAUUAAAUAUUUAUAAGCUCAUGGUUUGAUUAAUAUAGUAUUUUCAUUUUGUUACAUAGCAUUAAAUUUUAUAUCUAACAAGUUUUAUUCUUUUAGAAUAUACAAAACCUUAUAAAUUAAUAAUCAAGUACUUUAAUA